CCUCACUCCCUCCAUCCCUAUCCCUUUCUUCAUCUGUGAUCCACUGCUUUCUGGUCUUCCACAAGCUGUUGAGCAGAAACAUCAGAAGGAAAGCAUGCUAACUCUAUUGGUGCUCACAUCUGUGGUGUUGCUCAGUGCAGCUCCACAGUCAGAGGCUAUAGUAGUGUACACUAGCUGGGAGAGGCACGCAUUGGUAGGCUCAGAUAUCCGUCUUUCCUGCUCUUUCUUCUCAUGGCGAUGGACUUCUGAUGAUGUCACAUUCUCCUGGAACUACAGGCCAGAUGGGGCAAAAGAAGGCAUCGCUAUUUUCCACUACACAAAUGGAGUUCCAUAUGUGGACAAUAAAGGGCCAUUCCGGGACCGCCUGGAGUUUGUGGGCAACCCAGCCCGUCGUGAUGGCUCUAUCCUGAUCCGAAAUCUUGAUUAUGGUGACAAUGGAACCUUCACUUGUGAUGCCAAGAACCCUCCAGACAUAGUGGGUCGACCCUCCAGCGUACGACUUCUGGUAUUUGAGAAAAUCCCCAUUCAGGCCGGUGUGAUCACAGGUUCGAUUAUUGGAGUCGUUUUGGGUUUGCUGAUCCUGGUGGUGGCCAUCUACUAUCUCAUGCGCUUCCUGGUAGCUCGCCGUGUCUUCAGCUUGAGUGUGAGCAAACAUGGCAAGAAAGGCAAAGGGAAAGAGGGAGCCCAGCAAAAACAGAAACCAAAGGUUCCCCCCGUUUACCUCUCCUUCUAAUGACUCGUUCUCGGUUUCCCCCUUUUCCAUCUCUUUUUUCUUCUCUUCUCACUGCCGCUAUCCUGUUCUCUUCCUCCACUUCUGUUAAUCUUCACACCUUGCAUCAUAUAACAACUUUCUUUUCUGUUCUUUCUUGCUAUGGCUCUCUUCUUUUCUUGCUCUCUUUCUUCCUCACUCCUGCCAUAGUGACUCUAUCCUCCCCUCCCCACACUCCCUCUCUCUCCCCAGGCUUCUGUCGUGGUGGAUCCUGCCAAGCUGAAGGCACCAGUAUCCGAGAAGAAGAAGCAAGAGAUGCGCAGAGAAAAGAAAUAGGGCUUCGCGGGCAGAGAGCUAGAGCUCCAGGAACAAGUACCUGGAGAAGGCAGGCAAGACAGGAAGGAUAGGGUUCUUAUGACCAUUGAGCUCGAGCUCAUUAAACAAGAGCAGACAGGAGGAGGAGAAGAGAAGCCCAAACAUAGCCCUGCUGCUCUUCUCUCCGCCUUGUCCAAGCUCUCACACAAAAUUACUCUUGGCUGAGCGAGUGAAGGAUGUAAGCAGCGUGUAGAGGAGAGAAGGCCUUAAAGAGGAGGAAUUGGGAGGAGCAAUACCACAUUCAGUUUUAAGCUCAGAUCUGUGUUCUUUCACAGCAUAGCUUACGACACAUAGGUGCCAUUAAACAUACCCUUUGCCACUGAUUAUUAUGACUCACCAAAUAAGCCCAAUUUUGCAUAAAUUAAAAACCCAUUAAAAUUACAGGUUGCUGCUUUAAAUAUUAUACGCAGGAGUUAAUCACAAUUUUAAAAUCACACACACACAGAGAGGUUUGGGGUGGCAUAGUGAUGUGUUGUGAUGACCAUCUCACGUCACAUUGUGUUUGCACACAUACACAACAAAUCCUUUAGUCUUUUUCUUGAACAGAUUCUUUUCUGCUGAUCUUAAAAAAUAUUUUUUCCCCCUCUUUUAUCUGUUCUCCACUGACAAUAUGCUAAAGUCAGAGCUUUUGUAAAAACAAACACAAAAAAGCAAAACAUAUUAGGUAAUGGGCCAAUUUAGCACCGGAUUAACUGCAUAAUGUAACCAUACAUAGAGGCUUCCCAGUAAAUUGCAUAAAUCUAAUUAUGAUUGAAUUAUUACUAUUUCUAUGUUUAGCUUUGAGAAUGGUUUUUAUUUUAGCAAGUCACACCCUCAAGAACAAUAAUUAUAGAACGAUAAUAUUAUCAUAGAAACCAAAAUGGAAGAUAAAUGUUUUUAAUGAUUUAUUUAUAAUAAUUUACUAUUUGUUCCAAGUGUGUUCUGCUGCUAGGAAGCUCUUUUAGUAUUAGGAUUAGGAUUGUAGCUCCAGUUUAAUUUGCUGGAUUGUCCAGUGCUUCCUCCUUGGACUGACUGAUUUAUAGUAAGAAUAUUUGGUUUUGUGGUUAUAGUUAUAUUUAUUUACUUAUAUUUAUCUUUUUCACCAUUCAAAUCAAAUCUACUUUACUGAUAGAGAAGCAGCAGUUUUCCACUAAAUGACAUGACAUUAUUUGUAGCACCAGCACUUUGUUGAAAGAUAAUAUGUUUUCUGUCCUUUAUUUACUGCCUGGAAUAUCUGCUUUAACUGUUCCUUCUUUUUUUCUCUUUUCCCCUCCCUCUCUCUUUUUAUGCGAUUUCUUUUCCUCUGUCAUGUCUUUACUUCAUUUUCUUCUUUUUUCUGAUUUCGCUCUUUAAUUGCAUAAUGUCAUAUUAACUUGAUCCAAUGGUGCUGUGGCAUUACUUCUUGUUUCACCAUAGGCUGGUCCUUCAAAGUAGCCAUGCCUGCCUUUUUUAUAUUCAUUGCUUAAGGGCUAAACAAAAGAACAUAGGCAAAAACCCACACACACAAAAUGCACAUGAUCCAACUGUAGAAUUCCGAAUCUUAAAAAAAGUACUGUUAUCAAUGACUUACACAUGUAAGACUGUCAUGAUUAUUUAGAACACUUUUGUAGUUUAAGGUACUGUUCCUCAACAUGUAGGCUUGAGGCCAUUAGAAGCCCCUGGAGGGCAACAUAGCACAGUUUGUGUGAGAGUUUAUCUUAAAGGUCAGCUAUGUUUCAUAUAAAAUUUAUAAAGUAAAACUGAAGAUUACUUCUAACUAUCCACCUUUUAAACCAAACUGUUGGCUGUCACCUUUUUGAGGGUGGCUUGCUCUUUCUCUGAAAUUUUGUGAAGAAUAAUGUCCAACUAGCAGGAAAAUUUUUUAAUCCAUAUAGUUCACAGUUGUUACACCUAUGACUAUGGAAGGAGUGUGUGCUUGCAUGUGUGUGUUGCUCUGACUACAGUGACUGAAACCCUAAGAAUGAAGUUGAUACUGCUAGUAGAGUUUGUUCGUUCACACACACACACAAACACACACACACACACAAACACACACACACACAUGCAAGCAUGCAUUAUGUCAAUUAUGUUAAUUCAACAAAAGCAUCCUAAUCAUUUGCCCCAUUACUUCAUUUUCAUAUUAUUUUUUAUUUUACUUCUUUGGUAAGAGGUAAGUGUUUCAUUUUUUUUUUUUUACCUUAUGCUCACAAUAUAUCACACAAUUUCAAGCUAUCAUGUUGUAUUUCCAUUACUCUUCCUUAAAACCUCCAUUCUUCGACUCCUUUACCGUCCUUCAUCCAUCUCUCGCUCCGUACGUUUUAAACAAUACUUUUGCCAUCUCCUGCCUGCAACAAGGAAACUCUCGUUUGGCCUUCUGACGACAUCAAAGCCAAAAUGCUUAUGUUACCUAGCUCUCUGCUGACUGCGAAAGAUGAAUUUCUUUUUCCAUGUUUGUGUAUAUUUAGUGCAACAUGUCUAUAACCUGUCAAGAUGUUAAGAGAACAAAACACUGAAGCAAAACUGGACUAUGUCUAUAUAUGUACCUAAUGCUAGUUAUGACAUGCCGUACAAUAGUUUACUGGACCUUUGUUGGAAAAAGAAAUGUAAUUUGUAUUUAAUUAUAUUUAUGCAUGCAAUUUUGACUGACCUGGUAGGAUUCAUAUGGCUUUUUAUUAUCACAGUCUUUGUAUCCUAGGCUAUAGGAGGUAAUGGUGUGGAAACUAGCAAGGCAUGAAUUCAUUACAUUAGUGAUUGCAUAAAAUGUUAACCUGCAUAAAAUAUUUCUAAUCUGGAACAAGGACUUCAAGAGAACAAGGGAAUUCACAUUGUUGUGAAACAGCAAAGCCAAAGUCCAUUGAACAUCACAAUCACACGAGAUGAUUCUCCCACCAAGUCUUCUGUAAGGUGCAUCUAGGAAUUGUAGGGUUGCUUACAUACUUGAUUGAAAGUCAGAUGCUAUUUAUGCAUUUCUGAAUAGAUAUAGAACAGCCACCUGCUUCCCUCCAUUAAACUUGCAUUAAAAUAUGGAAUCAUUUUUAUGUUGUAUGUAUCAUGUAUGUGUAUAUGUAUUAGUGAGAACUUCUAAUAACUCUCCCUUCCCUCAAAUGCAUUUUACAGCUUCUAAUACAUUAUAUGUUUAAUUUGUUGUUAACCUCACUAGGCUAUUAGACUUUUUGUUAUGUAAAAUGGAUUGUAAAAAGGAAAUAAAGCUUGAGUUAAAAUCAGUCAUUUAAGAAACACAUAAAUAAAUUUAAAGUCAAA